CGAGGUAUAAAAGCGCCGGGAGCUCUGCUCAAGGGCGCAGAUGGCGCGCUGCAGGCGAAGCGAGAGGCUGUUGGUUCCUCCUUGAGCCGCAGCGAUGCCCGGCUUGGAAGCAGCGCCCCCUGCCGAGCAGCCCCUGCGGAAGGAAGGCGCGGAGGCCUCGUCCUCAUCGUCUUCGCGCCGGGAGCUGGUCUCCUCCGCGGCCUCGGCCUCGCUGCCGGCGCCGGUGCGCGCCGCUUUGGAGCUAGCCGAAGCCCGGCGGCGCCUGCUGGAGGCCGAGAGCCGCCGCCGCUUGGUGUCGGAGCUGGAAGUGCGCGCCCACCAGCUGCAUCGGGUCUUCCUUGAGGCCGAGCGCCGCCUGGUGCACCGCGGAGAGGGGCUGGCCCGCCUGGGUGGAGGCGCCGCGCAGGCCGAAAUGCAGCUCGCCUCCCGGUUCGGCGGGCCGCGCCUCCUCCGAAAGGGGCUCCGCCGCGCCAGGAAGGUCCGCCCGCCCGCUCUCCUCGCCUCCGCCUUCGGCCUCGGUGGGUGCGCGCCCUGGGCCGAAUGGAGGCGCGCCCAGCAGCAGCCCCAGCAGCAGGGGGCGCUCGACUCACCCCGCAGAGCGACGCCCCGGCACGCGAACAGGCAGGAAGGCACCGCCAAAGCCCUCCCGGCAGAGGGCCACUCCGCCACUGCAUGAGCGCCCCAGGGAAGGAGAAGCAUCCCAAAGUCAGCCUGCAAGCACAGCCCAAUUCUAACAGGCAAGAAGGCACCAUCAAAGCCCUCCCGGCAGAGGGCCAUCCCGCUACUGCUUAAGCAUCUCCAGGGAAGGAGAAGCAUCCCAAAGUCAGCCUGCAAGCACAGCCCAAUUCUAACAGGCAAGAAGGCACCAUCAAAGCCCUCCCGGCAGAGGGCCAUCCAGCUACUGCUUAAGCAUCUCCAGGGAAGGAGAAGCAUCCCAAAGUCAGCCUGCAAGCACAGCCCAAUUCUAACAGGCAAGAAGGCACCAUCAAAGCCCUCCCGGCAGAGGGCCAUCCAGCUACUGCUUAAGCAUCUCCAGGGAAGGAGAAGCAUCCCAAAGUCAGCCUGCAAGCACAGCCCAAUUCUAACAGGCAAGAAGGCACCAUCAAAGCCCUCCCGGCAGAGGGCCAUCCCGCUACUGCUUAAGCAUCUCCAGGGAAGGAGAAGCAUCCCAAAGUCAGCCUGCAAGCACAGCCCAAUUCUAACAGGCAAGAAGGCACCAUCAAAGCCCUCCCGGCAGAGGGCCAUCCCGCUACUGCUUAAGCAUCUCCAGGGAAGGAGAAGAAGUCUCCAAAGUCUCUCUCCAAGCACAGCCUGUCAAAGUGGGAUUAGGAUUCGUGGGAUCAUAGGCCAUCCAAUCACCUCCCCCAUUCAAAGCGGCAAGAGGGCACCAUCAAAACCCUCCUGACAGAUGGCCAUCUAGCUACUGCUCAAGCGCUCCUGAAGAACGAGGAGCCCCCAACGUGGGAUUAGGAAUCACGGGAUCAUAGGCCAUGCAGUCACCCCCCCCCCCAUUCAAAGCGGCAAGAAGACACUAUCAAAACCCUCCCGACAGAGGUCCAUCCCGCUACUGCUUAAGGAGAACGAGGAGCCCCCAAAUCAACCUUCAAGUGCAGCCUGUCAAAAUGGGAUUAGGAAUCGUGGGAUCAUAGGACAUCCGGUCCACCCUCCAUUCAAAGGGACAUGAAGAUACCAUCAAAACCCUCCCGACAGAUGGCCAUCCAACUACUGCUUAAGCACCUCCAGAGAAGGAGAAGCUUCCAAAGUCACUGUCCAAGCACAGCCUGUCAAAGUGGGAUUAGGAAUUAUGGGAUCAUAGAUCCCAAGGGCCAUCCAGUCCACCCCUAUUCUAACAGGCAGGAAGGCACCAUCAGAGCCCUCCCGACAGAUGGACAUCCAGAUGAAAAAACAAACAAACACUUCCUUCCUAAACUCUGUUUGAAGAAUGUAUCUUUGAAUGACGGCAACCUGAUCAUCACUGCCACCACCAGAAGAAGAAGUCCUGUUUUGCUGGUGCAUCUUCUCAGUUUCCCGAAGCAUUCUCUCCUGAUGUUUCGCCCACAUCUUUGGCAGGCAUCCUCAGAAAUCGUGAGGUAUAUUACGUCAGGAGAGAAUGCUUCUGGAACACGACCAUACAGCCCGGAAAACACACAACAAACCUGUGAUUCCGGCCAUGAAAGCCUUUGACAACACAUUGAGAGACGGAGGCUACUCCUAGGCUACUCACCAGAUGCUGAAUAUUGUUCCUUUGCUUGCUUAUCCUUCAUAAAGACACAUACCUUUACUAGUUGGAGGCCGGCUGCACUUGGCUGUGGGUCUUCUGACUUGUUUUGCCUGCCGUUGUAACCACAAGCACCUUGCUUCAAGAAAACUGCCUUAAUUUUUCCUCCGCGGAUAUGAAUGCUUCCAUUUUUUUCACCAAGGAAACUUGCAAACAAGCCAAGAGGGAUCCUAAAUCACCCCUUCUUGCUGUUUGAACUAUUUGUUAUUCACGCCUUAGGGACCGUUGAGAAGGAACUCGUCUACUAAUGAUUGUAUUGCAACUCUUCCUUGGUUUUCUUUAUCGCACUUAAUUAUUGUGACGAUUGCACAGGGUCCGAUGGAUGUUUCUCAUGUUGAGAAUCUUAUCUUUCCUUGUCCGGAAAGUGUCAGCGCACGAGAGGGCUAAACGAUGGGCACUUUUGAAAGUCUUUUAAUUGCACUUUUAAUGUAGAUAUAAUGACAUUUUCUUGGCCAGUUGAAUUCUAAACGGUAGGAAUGUGGGGCUACUGAUCUUUUUGCACCCAACAGGUUUGGGCGUCGGGAUCAAAACUAUUUAUUUUGUACAUAUGCACUAGCUUUGCUUUGAAGCUACUUUCUCAUGGGAUUGGUUGAGUCACUUGAAAGCAGGUAUGGACAAAGUUGGGCUGUUCAAGAGCUUUGGACUGCAACUCCCACCAUUCCUAACAGCCUCAGGAUCUUUCCUUUUCUCUCUCAGCCGCUUAAACCAAAGGGAUGACAUGGGUUCUUGGUAGGGCCUUAGUUUAAAUUAAUAUACUGUAUAUACUCGAGUAUAAGCCUAGUUUUUCAGCCCUUUUUUUAAGACUGAAAAAGCCCCCCUCGGCUUAUACUCUGGCGAGGGUCCUUGUUGGCUUAUAUUUGGGUCAGCUUAUACUCGAGAAUAUAUGGUACAUUUAUUAUUUUCUCUAUUAUUAUUGGUAUUAUUAAAUUUAUUAUUUUUCUCUACUAUUGUUGCUACUAUUACAUUUAUUUUACUCUAUUUUUAUUAUUAUUAAUAUAUUUAUUAUUUUACUCUGAUCUUAUUACAGUAGAGUCUCACUUAUCGAACACUCGCUUAUCCAACGUUCUGGAUUAUCCAACGCAUUUUUAGUCAGUGUUUUCAAUACAUCGUGAUAUUUUGGUGCUAAAUUCGUAAAUACAGUAAUUUCUACAUAGCAUUGCUGUUUAUUGAAUGACCUUUUCUGUUAAAUUUGUUGUAUAACAUGAUGUUUUGGUGCUUAAUUCAUAAAAUAAUAACCUAAUUUGAUGUUUAAUAGACUUUUCCUUAAUCCCUCCUUAUUAUCCAACAUAUUCGCUUAUCCAACAUUCUGCCGGCCCGUUUAUGUUGGAUAAGUGAGACUCUACUGUAUUAUUAUUACAUUUAUUAUUUUACUCUAUUUAUUAUUACAUGUAUUAUUUUCCUGUAUUAUUAUUAUUAUUGUUAUUAUUACAUGUAUUAUUUUCCUGUAUUUAUUAUUAUUAUUACAUGUAUUAUUUUACUCUGAUAUUAUUAUUAUUACAUUUAUUACUCUAUUUAUUAUUACAUGUAUUAUUUUCCUGUAUUUAUUAUUAUUAUUACAUAUAUUAUUUUACUCUAUUAUUAUUAAAAGGAUACAUAAGCACAUUUACAUUGAAGAAGAUGAGAAUAAUGAUUGGAUCAGAGUUGGACAGUCUUCUCUUAAAUUUGAGCUUUAUGUAAAUAUUCAAAAAUAUUUAACCUCCUGAUGCCUCAAUUAAUGUAAUUUUAUUGGUGUCUAUUUUCAUUUCUGAAAUUUACCGCCCUCGGCUUAUACUGGAGUCAAUGUUUUCCCAGUUUUUUUGUGGUAAAAUUAGGUACCUCGGCUUAUAUUUGGGUCGGCUUAUACUCGAGUAUAUACGGUAAUUAAAGGAAGGGGCCUGAGGCUGUUAGGAAUGGUGGGAGUUGGAGUCCAAAGCGCCUGGACGGCCCAAGUUGGCCCAUACCUGCUUUAGAGCAUGGCUAAACAUACACUGAAUAUCCUGACAUGUUCCUAUUAGGAAAGAGUAUAGAACCCUGCACUAAAAUCCCCGUUAAUUAUAUAAGAAAGGUUGCAAAAGAAGCCAGGUCCCAAAACGUAUAUGCUGUGCAAAUGAUUACAUAGGAAAUCCCGGAACCAGUUUGAGGCCUGGAUGAGGAUUGCACAAAGCACAGCGCACUGAUGCACAGAAAGGGCUUUCUUUUGCACACUUUUUUGUGAGAGUAUGUUGUCAAUUUUUUUUUUUACAUCAGGAGCAACUUGAGAAACUGCAAGUCGCUUCCGGCGUGAGAGAAUUGGCCGUCUGCAAGGACGUUGCCCGGAUGUUUUACCGUCCUGUAGGAGACUUAUUUCAUGUCCCCGCAUGGGAAGCUGGAGCUGACAGAUGAAAGCUCACCCCGCUCUCUGGAUUCAGACCGCUGACCUUUUAGUCAGCAGUCCUGCCGGCACAAGGGUUUAACUCAUUGUGCCACUGGGGGCUCCAUAUACUGUCAGUUUAAACCUGCAUUAAAUGGUCAGUGUAGACGGAAGGCCUCGGCAUGAACUUAUUAAAAGCUAUCCAAGGUGCAGAAGCCCCCGGUGGUGCAGUGUAUUAAACCACUAAGCUGCUGAAUUUGCCGACUGAAAGGUCGCAGGUUCGAAUUCGGGGAGUGGAGUGAGCUCCUGCUGUUAGCCCCAGCUUUGUCCAACCUAGCAGUUAGAAAACAUGCAAAUGUGAGUAGAUAAAUAGGUACAGCUGAUUAACUUGCUGACCGAAAGGUUGGUGAUUUGAAUCCGGGGAAUGGAGUGAGCUCCCGCUGUUAGCCCCAGCUUCUUCCAACCUAGCAGUUCGAAAGCAUGCAAAUGUGAGUAGAUCAAUAGGUACAGCUGCUUAACUUGCUGGCUGAAUGGUCAGUGUUUUGAAUCCGGGGAGUGGGGUGGGCUCCCGCUGUUAGUCCCAGCUUCUGCCAACCUAGCAGUUCGAAAGCAUGCAAAUGUGAGUAGAUCAAUAGGUACAGCUGCUUAACUUGCUGACCAAAUGGUCAGUGAUUUGAAUCCGGGGAGUGGAGUGAGCUCCCACUGUUAGCCCCAGCUUCUUCCAACCUAGCAGUUCGAAAGCAUGCAAAUGUGAGUAGAUCAAUAGGUACAGCUGCUUAACUUGCUGACCAAAUGGUCAGUGAUUUGAAUUCGGGGAGUGGAGUCAGCUCCCACUAUUAGCCCCAGCUUCUUCCAACCUAGCAGUUUGAAAGCAUGCAAAUGUGAGUAGAUCAAUAGGUACUGCAAGUAGCUGGACUUGCAGACCAAAAGGUAGCAGGUUCGAAUCUGGAGAGCAGAGUGAGUGAGCUAGGCUAUUAAUGGUCGGGAACCAAUGGUUGACUUGGACUUUGAUCUCAUGACCUCGGUCAGUAGUGAUUUAUUGCCGCUGGCUACUAACUAGCUGGUGCAGCAUGUUAGAGCACUGAGCUGCUGAACCUGUGGACCGAAAGGUCGCAGGUUCGAAUGUGUUGGGCUGAGUGAGCUCUCACUGUUAGCCCCAGCUUCUUCCAACCUAGCAGUUCGAAAACAUGCAAAUGUGAGUAGAUCAAUAGGCACCGCUUCUGUGGGAAGGUAAUGGCGCUCCAUGCAGUCAUGCCAGUGGCCACGUGACCUUGGAGGUGUCUAUGGACAACGCCGGCUCUUCAGCAUAGAAAUGGGAGAGAGUUGUACACAACUGGACUUAAUGUUGGUAAACCUUUACCUUUGUAUCCAAAGUGCAGAACCGGAUUUCCAAAGUUGGGUUUGGCACUUUGGAUAUUUUUAUUCCAUUUUGAAUUUGCUGCCCAUUUGACGUUGUUUGCAGCCUUUCCAUUCCUUUAUGGUUCCGAGAAUGCCAAGGGAAGGCGAUUAAUGCUUUAAUGCAGGGGUCCCCAAACUUUUUAAACAGGGGGCCAGUUCAUGAUCCUUCAGACUGUUGGAGGGCCGGACUAUAGUUGGCCACAGAGUAAUAAUAAUAAUAAUAAUUAUUAUUAUUAUUAUUAAUAAUAAUAAUAAUAAUAAUAAUAAUAAAGAGGGUUAGAAGAGACCCUUUGGGCCAUUGAGUCCAAUCCCCUUCUGCCUUUGUGCACCAAAAGCACAAGAAAACCACCCCUGACGGAUGGCCUCCCAGCCUCAAUGUUAAUAAUAAUAAUAAUAAUAAUAAUAAUAAUAAUAAUAAUAAUAAUAAUAAUAAUAAUAAUAAUAAAAAGAGGGUUGGAAGAGACCCCUUGGGCCUUUUAGUCUGACCCUCUUCUGCCUUUGUGCACUAAAAGCACAGGCAAAGCACCCCUGACAGAUGGCCACCCAGCCUCAAUGUUAAUAAUAAUAAUAAUAAUAAUAAUAAUAAUAAUAAUAAUAAUAAUAAUAAUAAAGAGGGUUGGAAGAGACCACUUGGGCUAUUUAGUCCAACCCUCUUCUGCCUUUGUGUAUCAAAGGCACAAGCAAAACACCCCUGACAGAUGGCCACCCAGCCUCAAUGAUAAUAAUAAUAAUAAUAAUAAUAAUAAUAAUAAUAAUAAUAAUGGUUGUAAGAGAAGAAGAGACCCCAUGGUCAUUUAGCCCAACCCCCUUCUGCCCUUGUGCCGUGGGGGCCAGAUAAAUGGCUUCAAUGGGCCGCAUCCGGCCCCUGGGCCUUAGUUUGGGGACCUCUGCUUUAAUGUGUCUGCUCUGUGUUCUGCGUUGGAGGGAUUCUUGUUAAGCACUUUAGAUGGGAUCUUUCACGCCCCGUCCUCUUUCCGUCAGCGGGGUUUUCAAGAGCCGUGUCCCAAAAAGCAAAGACUUGUGUGGAUGAGAGACAGCAGGUCUGUUAUGUAAUCGUUGCUUCCCGUAUGUUUCUGGCGGAUGCCUCCUGAUGCGCAUGAGGACUGUGUUGCAUUGAAAAUACACGGGCACUUUCUGGAAGGGAGGGAGCGCAUCGUUUCUACCGAAAUAAAUAUUUUAUUCAUUGCA